UUUUUUAAAAAAAAAUAAGGCACCAGUUUCCAGCUCGAAUCAUUCAGCUGUUCCUUUCACAGGUCGAGCUGCUGUGUGUGUAGUUAACCAGAAUGUGAAAUUACAAAGAUCACGUUAUAAAGUACGCCCUCGCUGUCGGAAACCUGGACUACCUUUGUUUUACUUUCUGUGUCCUUGUUUGGCAAAAGCUGUGGGCUGUAGUCCCCGCCGUUUGGGGACGAGAGAGGAAGGCUUUCAUUCAGAGUGAAGACACUGGGCGGAACCAUAGCGAGUCACUCCGGGCCCGGGAGUGAGAGCCUUCACCACGCUGUAAGGCUCCCUCUGGCAGUCAGUGCGGUGAUGUGUUAGAGCCUGGGACUAAGCUGCGCUCCGGGAAGAUGGUCUCCUAUACGGUGACGGUCGCCACCGGGCACCAGUGGUUUGCAGGCACGGAUGAUUAUGUUUACCUGACUCUGGUGGGAAGUGAAGGCUGCAGUGAGAAAACCCUCCUGGAUAAACCCCUCUACAAUGACUUCGAGCGAGGAGCGGUAGACUCAUAUGAUAUGACAAUGUCGAAUGAUAUUGGCGAAAUCCUGUUGGUGAAGAUUGAGAAACGCAAAUACUGGGUACAGGAUGACUGGUACUGUAAAUACAUCACCAUAAAAACUCCUUCUGGCGAAUACAUAGAGUUCCCAUGUUACCGAUGGAUUACCGAUGACAAGGAAAUUGAACUACGGGAUGGACGCGCUAGAUUACCACGCGAUGACCAGAUUCAAAUUGUCCGACAACACCGCCGCAGAGAACUCGAGGAGAGGCAGAAGAUGUACAGGUGGAAGGAAUGGCACCCAGGGUUCCCACUGAGUAUUGAUGCCAACUAUCACAGUGAGCUCCCCCGUGACAUCCAGUUUGACAGCGAGAAAGGAGUCGACUUUGUCCUGAACUACUCCAAAGCGAUGGAGAAUCUGUACGUGAAUCGCUUCAUGCACAUGUUUCAGUCUUCAUGGAGUGAUUUUGCGGACUUUGAGAAGAUCUUUGUUCGCAUUAGCAACACGAUUUCAGAGUACGUCAUGCAACACUGGCAGGAGGAUUUCAUGUUCGGAUACCAGUUCCUGAAUGGAUGCAAUCCCGUCAUCUUCAAGAAAUGCAACAGAUUGCCAGAGAAAUUCCCUGUCACCAACGAAAUGGUGCAGAUCUGCUUGGAACGGCAAUUGACGCUGGAAGAAGAAGUAGAGAAAGGAAACAUUUACUUGGCAGACUACGAGCUAAUGGAUGGGAUUCCUGCCAAUUGCACUGACCCCUGCACCAUCCAAUACCUGACAGCACCCCUGUGCCUGCUGUACAAUAACUCCCAAAAUAAACUGGUGCCCAUCGCAAUCCAGCUGAAACAAGAACCUGGGCCAGAUAAUCCCAUAUUCCUCCCCACUGACGAUAAGUAUGAAUGGUUGUUGGCAAAAAUAUGGGUGAGGUCAACAGACUUUCACAUUCACCAGACUGUCACCCAUCUCCUGAAGACUCACCUUAUGUCGGAAGUAUUUGGUAUAGCACUCUAUCGACAGCUCCCAGCUGUCCACCCUCUGUUCAAGCUCUUGGUGCCUCAUGUUCGAUUUACCAUUGCAAUCAACACCAAAGCAAGGGAGCAGCUGAUCUGUGAGUGUGGCCUCUUUGACAAGGCAAACGGCACAGGAGGAGGGGGCCAUGUUCGAAUGGUUCAGCGAGCCAUGUCCAGCCUCACCUAUAAAUCCUUCUGCUUUCCUGAGAGCAUCAAGAUGCGUGGGUUAGACAGCACCGAGGCUCUUCCUUAUUACUACUACAGGGAUGACGGCCUGAGAGUCUGGGAAGCAGUCCAGAGUUUUGUCACUGAAGUGGUGAACAUCUAUUAUGAUGAUGACAAGGCUGUUCAGACAGACACAGAACUGCAGGCCUUCGUGAAGGAUGUCUUUGUGUAUGGGCUGAAGGACAAUAAAAGCACAGGCUUUCCCAAAACAAUCAAGACAAUUGAGAAGCUGAUCGAAUAUCUGACUGUGGUUAUCUUCACUGCCUCUGCUCAACAUGCUGCAGUCAACUUUGGCCAGUAUGAUUGGUGCUCGUGGAUCCCAAACUCUCCUCCCACAAUGCGGCAGCCCCCACCCUGCAAGAAAGGUGUUGUGAAUGUGGAGUACAUCAUUGAGAGUCUGCCAGACAGAGGGCGCUCGUGCUGGCACCUGGGUGCUGUGUGGGCACUCAGCCAGUUUCAGGACAAUGAGCUCUUCCUUGGAAUGUAUCCAGAUGAACACUUCAUAGAAAAACCUGUCAAGGAAGCUAUCCAGAAUUUCCAAGCGCACCUUCAAGAAAUUACACAUCGCAUUGCAGAACGCAAUAAGGAUAAGAAGCUCCCAUAUUACUACUUCUCUCCAGACAGAAUCCCCAAUAGUGUAGCAGUCUAAGGGUCUGAUGUACCUCAAACAGAGAGAGAGAGAGAAUCUAGUUAAAUGGAAUAGGCAGAAAAUCAGACACAAGAUCUCUGCUUCCUGCUUUACAUGUUUUGCAAUCAGCUCCUCUUGUUAAAAUCAUCGCUUCUGAUUGUUUUUAACCAUCUUCUGCUUAAAGCGUUGGUGAGAAUGUGAGGUUUUAGCAUUGUCAGGCUUUGGUGCAUUGAGCACAGGCAGCCCUGCUUUAACCCUGAGAGUUCCUUACUCUCAAUCCUGGAGGUAAAGCUCCCCAAAUUUACCUCAGCACAAGCUAGUGAAGAAAAUCUGGGCCCCUGGUUAUUCUAAUUUGGUUCUUGGUUUGUAACUUCUUAAACUUGUUUCAGCUUUUGGAAUGCCAUAUUUAUUGCCCAUCUCUAUUUGUCCCUGAAAAGAUGGUGAGAAGGUGGCUUUCUUGGUCCAGUGCAGUCCUUAAGGCAAGAGUGUUUGUUGUUAUGUGGGAUGGUCCAGGAGUUUGACCUGGCAACAAUGAAGGAAUGGACAGCUGAAUCCAAAUUGGCUACACAGUGGCUCAGUGGUUAGCACUGCAGCCUUACAGUGCCAAGGCCCCAGGUUCAAUCCCACCUUUGGGCGACUGCCUGUGUGGAGUUUGUACAUUCUCCCUGUGUCUGUGCCUAUUUCUUCUGAGUGUUUUGGUUUCCUCCCACAGUCCAGAGAUGUGCAGCCUGGGUGGAUUAGCCAGGGAAAAUGUGGGGUUAGAGGGUAGAGGGGUGGGUCUGAAUGGGAUGUUCCUUGGAGGGUUGGUGUGGACUUUAUGGGCUGAAUGGCCUGCUUCCACAAUGUAGGGAUUCUCUAUGAUUCAAGAUGACAUUUAGUUCAUAGAGGGACUUGAAGGUGGUGGGCUUCUUGUGACAAUACUAUCCUCAUCCUCAUUGACAGCUGUUGCCAAGUUGGAGAAUUCUAUCACAUUAUGUUUAAAAACAAACACAACAGCAAUCCCUUGUCAACAAGGGAUAGCAGCUAACUGCCUGGUUAGAAGACAAUGAGGAAAUCAUUUGAGUAGACGAGGGUGGCUCUGAAUGUUCCAUAUUUCACACCCAACACAAUUCUGUUGAUCACUGUCCAGUUGAACCCACAUCAGCUACAGCCGUUUGGGGAGAAGGUUCUAAGCUUCCACUUGCUCUUGUGUGCAUAGAUGUUCUGAUCAUUGGGAAUGUUUUCAUUCUGGUUAUAAACAGGAUACAAAAGUGUUCCAUUUAUACAAAUCGUGCUGAGGUUUAUAAGUUUGACAAGAAGCAACUCAAGUGGAAUUGGUUUACUUUGUUUCUGUUUCUGUUUCCCUUUCUCUGUAAUCUCCUCCAGCCCUUCAACUCUCUGAGCUCUGCACACCUCCCAUUCUGGACAUGACUUCAUUCUCCAUUUUAAUUGCUCCAUCACUGGUGACUGUCUGUUGGCUAGGUCCUAAACUCUGGAAUUCUCUCCCUACUGCCCUUUGCCUCUGUUCCUCGCUUUCCUCUUUAAGAGGUUCCACUAAACUUUGAUCAAGCUUUUGAUAUCUAUCCCCAUAUUGUCUUACGUCACUCAGCGUAACAGAUUGCUUCAUAAAAGUCCUCCAUGUUUUAUUGCAUCAAAGGUGCAGGAUGAGUGCAAGUUGUUGUUACUUCAGCAGAGUGUCUGCAGGAGCAAUUUUAAUAUUGAGUGUUAUUUAGUAGGGUCAUAGAUAUAGGAGCCAAAGUAGGCCAUUCAGUCCACUCGUCAGCUGUGCCAUUUUAUAAACUCAUGGCCAUUUGGAGGGCAGUGUUUAGAACAGUCAGUGUGGGAUACAGCCACUAAUGGACAGCUCCUGUAAAGGGCGUGGCACAGUUCCUUCAUGAGAACGGCUAUGUGUCAAGAAUGAGAAGGAGUGAUAGAUAUGAGGCACAGAGUAAACAACAGCACAUAACGUAGCACAUUUCUGAAGAAGGGUCCUGACCUGAAACGUCAACUUUCCUGCUCCUCUGAUGCUGCCUGGCCUGCUGUGUUCCUCCAGCUCCACGUUGUGUUAUCUCUAGCACAUAGCUUAGAUUUGUAUCCCAUGCCCAAACCCUCAACCAUUUUCAAAAUGACCAUCUCAUCACACAUACAAAAUUAAUGGGAAGGAAUUCUCUUUAACAGAAUGUGGAUGUUACUGGCUGGGCCAACAUUUAUUGUGAAUCCCUAAUUGCCCUUGAGCUGAGUGGCUUGCUGGUGCAUUUCAAAGAGUAGUUAAAAGACAACUGCAUCACUGUGGCUGUGGAAUGUAGGGCAAACUAGGUAAGGAUUGCAGUUUCCCUCCCUUAAGUGAACCAGAUGUUUUUUAAUCAGUCCAUGAUAGUUGUCAUGGGCACCAUCACGGAGACUAGUUUUCAAUUUCAGAUUUACUUAUUGAAUUUAAAUUCUGCCAACUGCCUUGGGGGAUUUGAACCCACAAAUCCAGAGCAGUAGUCUGGGUCUUUGGAUUCCCAGUCCAGGGACAUUAUCACCAUACCACCACCUUUGGUGUGAACAGAUGCUUUCUAACAUUGUCCUAAAUCUUGCCCCCCACCCCGCUUCUCACCCCACCAGCACUUAAUCAUAAAAUUCUGCUCCACCAGUUCAUUAUCUAUAACCAAGGCAAAGUAAAAGCCCUGGGACCAUUCUGGUGAACCUGUAUUACAGACUGUAAAGCCAAACUGUCCCUUCCUGAGAAUAGCACCCAGAUCUGUAAACAGUCUUUUGGAAAGGGUUAAACCAGAACUGGAUAAAUAAAUAGUAUAACCAUCACCUCACUCUGCAUCCCAGUCUUCCUAAGGUGAAAAAUCAACAUUCUUGAAGCUAACUACAUUCUCUUUUAUGCCUGUUCGCUUGUUUGGAGUGUUUUCCGUGCAUAGUUUUUAACUCUUUCAGCUUCUCCCAGUCGCCAGCUUCUGAACCAUUUAGACAUUCCUUUAGGCCAAUGAAGAAGAGAUCAGACUGGCUGACUAUUUAACUCCAUCUGUUUUGGUUUCUCCCUGGCCACAACAACUGAGAGAGAGCCCAAGACAGCUCCUAAUGGACAUCACCAGCAGCGUUACCUCUAAUUUUCUUCUGGGCUGCACAAGCCUCUGAAGUGACACCACUCACUGUGUGCAGAGCAUCAGAGCUGCUGUGUGUGCAUGCAUUUUAGAGGGAACUUCGAGCAUCAGUCACAUCCCAUUGAUUGGACUUAAUAUUGUUUAUUCCAACUCUCUGUUUCCUCCCUCCAAACCAAUUCCAGUGAAAUGCCUAAAGGUGGCAUUUUAUUUUUGUUCACAGUCAGUUUUGUGGAACCUUGUUGAAUGCCAUCUGCACACCUUCAUAAAAACCUGUAAACACUGCCACAUCCACCAAGUUAGUCACCAUCUUACAACACUUAACCAGGUUUCCUAGAACUGACUUACUCUUUACAAAAGCACGUUGGAUCUCUCUCAUUUCUUAUCUAUCCAAUUAUGCACAUUCACCCUGUCCCAAAUACAAUACAAAUAGAAUAUGAAGAUGAUUUUAAAUUCCUAGUUUAUCACCUUCUCUUAGAUUAUGAAGUGCCUUUGGUAAUUUUCCAAUCUAUGGGAACAAUCCCAGAAUUAAGAAAGCUUUGGAAGGUCAUAACUCUGGAGCAUGUACAAUUUUCCCAGUUUCUUGCUUUAACAUUGUGGAAUGGGAAUGUAUAAAGGGGGUUUACUAAUGAAGAUAAUGGUUCCAUUGAUAACACAAUGUCACAGCAGUGAGUCAACAAAGUGACCCCUUGCUGGGGUCUAGUCCUGCUGAUAUUUAAACUCAGGGGGGUAAGUCACUAAGCCAGAAAUUAGCCAGAACAUCAUCUGAUGUAACAAGGAGGAAGAUAGUCUCCAUGAACCAUUGCAACAGGCAGUAUGAGCUUCUACAGCGAAAACAGGGAGAUGUUCCUGGAUUAAAGAUGGAAACUCUUGCUUUAGACCCUUCUGUAUUAUAAUGCUACACUUUUGAUAGUUCAUUUUUGGUAUUACAAGCUCAUAAAAUAUGGAAUGCUUCCAUUAAAGAUGUCUUUAUAAAUGUU